GAGCGAUGUAUUUCCGCAACCUAACGCCAUAGUUGCGAUCUUCUUUUGUCCGUGACCAUUUUGAUCUCCACAUGUGAGUUGGGGUUUUCUGCCGCUAGUGAAGUGAAAAAGUGCUGUAAAUUGUGGUGCUAAACGCGUAGGCAAGAUCUUCGAGAUCGUCACACACCGCCGAUAAGAUCCGCAUUUAUACAGCAGGUCCUGUUGGUAUAAAUCGUUGUACCGUCGUCAUCCAGUAGAGAAGAACGCUACACCGCGCACUUCUUCGUUAAUUUUCGUUUGGUUGAUCCAAGAAAAGAAGAAAACCAACAGCAGCAAUGGCCGAAAUGGAGGAUACCCACUUCGAGGCCGGAGAUUCCGGUGCGUCCGCCACCUUCCCGAUGCAGUGUUCGGCGCUCCGUAAAAAUGGUCACGUUAUGCUCAAGUCUCGUCCAUGCAAAAUCGUCGAAAUGUCCACCUCCAAGACCGGCAAACACGGACACGCCAAGGUACAUCUGGUUGGCAUCGACAUUUUCACCGGCAAGAAAUACGAAGAUAUUUGCCCAUCCACUCACAACAUGGACGUCCCACACGUUAAGCGCGAAGACUACCAGCUCACUGACAUCGAUGAUGGAUUUUUAGUUCUCCUGAAUGACAACGGCGAUUUACGUGAAGAUCUUAAGAUUCCAGAUGGUGACUUGGGAACUCAAUUGCGUUCUGAAUUCGAUUCCGGCAAGGAGUUAGUUUGUACCGUUCUUAAAUCAUGCGGCGAAGAAACUGUGAUUGCCAUCAAGAACAACACUGCUGCUGAUAAAAACUAAUACCUCGCCCGUUGCUUAUUAUAACAUCCCGCGAAUCACACACCAACCGUUAAAAACACACAAUUCAGCAACAAUCCAAACAGUUCUAUACGCGUUGCUACUACUCCUACAGCAAGAACCACAACAUUCGCAUUCUACUACAGUAACAACAGCCGGAUACCGGAGAGAGAACACAGAUACUCUAGUGCAAGCAAAACGUGUUCCUCCCCUUCUUCUGUACACACCAACACUUACACAAACACAAAACGGUUAAAUAAAGAACGAACACAAACACAUACAGUUGCAUCUUAUUAGUAUAAACAGCUAUUAUUACAAAUUAAAAGAAAAGAAAAUUAAUAAAUUAAUACUUUCUGGUAAAAGUAAUUAACUGAGGUAGAACAAAAGACCAUAUUCAGCAGCAGCAGCAGCAGCAAAACUAUAAACUCAAAAACCAAUAGUGGAAAAGAAGAAGACCGAGGAUAGCAGAGCUAAGGCGAAAACAGCGACAAACAAAUCCAUGCCGGGAGGGAGGAGAGACAGAAAGAAAGCGAGAGAGAGAAAAGGGACAGAUCAAUGAGUGAUGGUGUUUCAUAAGUUGUGUAAUGAACACUAGAGUGGAGAAGCACAGGUUCCCCCUUUUUUGUACAAUGCUACAACAAAUUCAA